UGGGUGAAAGUCUCGAGGAUUGGACAGGACACUCGAACAAAAUCGGUGGUCCGCAGGAGCACAUCUCCUUCAUUCCACCUUUAUACUCCCUUCGUAUCCAUUUUACAGCGUCAUCCAUCUGCUCCCAUUCCAUCGCAUGUGAGCAAGAGUGGAGUUUUCAGCUAUCGCUCCACCAGUCCUCAGGGUGAAGCUCUAAAAAUACGUGACGUCACAACGAUCUCUUCGCCCUUCACAGGUAGUUGCAGUGUGACCAUGAGGAAAACUGUAGCUAUUUGUCAGUUUGGUGGCGAGCUUGUUCCAAACGAUGAUGGGUCUAUGUCAUAUAAUGGUGGAGAAGCGCAUGCAAUACAGGUCCUUCCCAACAUGAAAUUUGAUGAGUUCAAGUCAGAAAUAGCCGAAAUGUGUAACUGCAACACGAAUACCUUAUCCAUCAAGUACUUCCUCCCAAGUAACAGGCGUAUCCCAAUCACGUUAUCCAAUGACAAGGAUAUGCAGCGCAUGAUUGAUUUUCAUGAGGAUUCCGCAACUAUAGAUGUUUUUGUUUUAGAAGGAGAUGCUGUUGCUUGGAACGCUGUGAAAACAGUUAACAACAGGGCAAGCAGAGCUGCAAGUAGGACAACAAGUAGGCCUGCAAGAAGGACUGCAAGAAGGGCUGCGGCCACUGAUUCAAUCAACCCAAUUCCUACAACUGUCAAUAAUGAUAGGACCACUGAUUCAAUCAACCCAAUUCCUACAACUGUCAAUAAUGAUAGGACCAUAAGGAGAACCACAGUCACCGAUCCAAUGACUCCUGCUGCCACCGUUGCCACUGAUGGUGUUGAUAGGACUGUAAGUAGGAACAUUAGUUGGGCUACAUCUGCUGACCUAAUCGCCCCAAUUGCCGUCGUUGGCAAUAAUAAGCGGCCACGGCCAUUGAGUUCAACUGAAAAAUUCAUCAUUGAUGUGGGCCAAGAAUUUAAUAGUGCCCAUGACUUCCGUGAUGCAUUACGUAGGUUCGCCAUUGCUAAAGGGUUCAUAUUCACGUAUAUUAAGAAUGAAAGCACCCGUGUGACUGCCAAAUGUAAAGCUGAGGGUUGCCCAUGGCGGGUGCAUGCUUCCAGACUCUCAACCAUGCAGAAGUUCAAGAUUAAGAAGAUAAACAACGUGCAUACAUGUGGAGGUGGGGUCGGCAAAGAUGGGCAUCCUCAUGCGACGAGGCGCUGGGUUGCGAGCAUUAUAAAAGACAAGGUACGGGACAUGCCACAGUAUAAGCCAAGAGACAUUGCGAAUGACAUAUUUCGAGAGUAUGGAGUUAGCCUCAAGUAUCAUCAGGCGCGGCGCGGGAAGGCAAUGGCCCAGGAGCAGCUUCAAGGCUCCCGGGCGGAGGCGUAUAAUCAGUUGCCUUGGUUGUGCGAGAGGAUAAGGGAGACAAAUCCAGGUAGUCUUGUAACUUUGACAACAACAGAUGAAUCGAGGUUUCACCGCUUUUUCGUCUCAUUCCAUGCUUCGCAGCAUGGGUUCGAGAAUGGUUGCCGCCCUCUCAUUCUUCUUGACGGGACUUCUCUAAGAGAUAAAUGCCAAGGGACAUUAUUAGCUGCAGUGUCAGUCGAUGGGAACGAUGGUAUUUUUCCAAUCGCCUUUGCUGUAGUGGAUACGGAGUCUUAUGAUAAUUGGCAUUGGUUUUUGUCUGAAUUGAAAUUGGCAGUGUCAGUGAAUCAGACCAUAACAAUUGUGUCCGAUAGAUGUAAUGGUUUGGAGGAGGCCGUACCGCAGAUUUUCAAGGACAGCUAUCAUGCCUACUCUCUACAUCACCUAACUGAGGACUUCAAGAGAGUGUUGAAGGGCCCUUCACAGAUGGUGAAGGAUGCACUGGUCGAUGAGUUUAAGCAGGCUGCUUAUUCGUUUGGCAUCACCAAUUUCAAUUCUUGCAUUGACAGCAUCCGGAAUGUUUCACAUGAUGUCGCCGCGUGGCUCUUGGAAAGCAAGCCCGAACAUUGGUCGAAUGCAUUCUUUAGGGGCUCACGGUAUGAUCAUGUAUCAUCGAACAUUGCGGAGUUGUUCUACGGUUGGAUAUCAGAGGAGCGGGAGCUAUCAAUAAUACAGAUGAUCGACACGAUACGGUGUAAGAUGAUGGAAAUGAUUUACAGGAGUCGAGAGGCUUCAAGUGCAUGGUCUACAGUUCUCACACCUUCAAUGGAGCAAAGACUACAGUUAGAGAUGUACAACUCGCGCCCACUCAGUGUGUUGUUCUCAUCAGGGAGUGUGUUUGAAGUCCGCGAUGAUUCGGUCAACAUCGUGGACAUUGAGACAUGGGAUUGCACAUGCCAGAGAUGGAAGAUGUCUGGGUUGCCAUGCAUUCAUGCAGCUGCAGUUUUCGAUCGAACAGGUAGGAAUAUGUAUGAUUACUGCUCAAGAUACUUCACGGUCGAUUGUUACCGGUUAGCAUACACAGAAUCCAUCCACCCAAUACCAGAUAUUGGAAAGCCUAUAAGUGAAGAUUCCAACACCCAGAUGAUUGUACGCCCACCCCGCAUCCAUCGACCACGCCAGCCGUCCCGCUGGCCAAAAAAGAAGCGAAAAGAACCGCUUGAUCAGAAUAAGAAGCUAAGGCUAUUCCAUUGCAGUAGAUGCGGUGCAGUUGGUCACAAUAAGGCAACAUGCAGAGAGCCAGAAUAGAGAAAUCGUUAGUGUUGACUUCAAUUGUAUUUAGAAACUAUUGAGUUGGUUGUAAAUACUAAUUCCUUGUAUUUAUAGAUGAUUUUUGUACUUUUUUUUGCAAGUUUUUGAAAUGUAAGUGCAUGCAUGACGGCCAA